AUGCGCAGUCUCCGACUGCCGGCCUGGGCUCCGGGCGUCAGCCCUCGACCGAUUUCAAGGACGCAAAGCGCCAUCCUGCACGACUCGUUUUCGCAGGUAACCCGAUUCUCGUACCGCGCUGGCGACUUCAUCGGUAACGGUCGACUAUACUCAACCGCCUCCGGAACUCUUCGCAACCACGCCAUCUCGUUCCGCUCAGCCGAGGCUCCUACCCUGCUUCGCCAGAAGAGCCCUCAAUACAGCCCACACACGUCUCAGAUUGCUUCUCAAAUACGCCUGUUAUGUUCCACGCCACACUUACUCCAAGCGAAAUUGUCUAAAUCCUCGCCGAAUGACCCCGGACUUACAAACCGCUCCGAACCGGAAACAGAGGAGGAAGACAAAGGGUUCGAACUGUCUGAGCGAGCCGCACAGGCUGCACAGGUCGAUCUGCGAGCCAAGCUGGCCAAAGAUGGCGUUAGUGGCAAGAAGUCUAAUUUCGCAGAGAUCUGGCGGUUAAUCAAGGUUGCGCGACCUGAAGCCAAGUGGCUCGGAUUUGCAUUCUUCUUCUUGCUGAUCUCCUCGUCCAUCACCAUGUCGAUUCCGUUUUCGAUUGGCAAGAUUAUGGACACUGCGACCAAGAGCGUCGAGGAAGGUGGUAACCAGCUGUUUGGCUUGAGCCUCCCCAUGUUCUACAGCGCUCUGGGUGGAAUCCUUCUCGUUGGAGCGGGUGCCAACUAUGGUCGUAUCAUCAUUCUCCGGAUUGUGGGUGAGCGCAUUGUCGCAAGAUUGCGCUCCAAGCUAUUCCGCCAGACAUUUGUGCAGGACGCUGAAUUUUUCGACGCUAAUCGGGUCGGAGAUCUCAUCUCCCGUCUCAGCUCUGACACUAUCAUCGUGGGCAAGAGUAUCACACAGAACUUGUCAGACGGUCUUCGUGCCGGCGUUAGUGGCGCCGCUGGUUUCGGUCUCAUGGCCUACACCAGUUUGAAACUUUCCAGUAUCUUGCUUUUGUUGCUUCCGCCAAUUGGCUUAGGUGCUCUCUUCUAUGGACGAGCUAUCCGAAAUCUUAGUCGCAAAAUCCAGAAAAACCUGGGCUCGCUCACUAAGAUUGCCGAGGAACGCCUGGGUAACGUGAAGACGAGUCAAUCCUUCGCGGGCGAGAUCCUUGAAGUCAACCGGUAUAACAAACAAGUGCGCAAGAUAUUUGACCUUGGAAAGAAGGAAUCUUUGAUCAGCGCGACCUUCUUCAGCACGACUGGAUUGAUGGGUAACAUGACAAUUCUGAGUCUUCUUUAUGUCGGAGGUGGUAUGGUUCAAUCAGGUGCCAUCAGUAUUGGAGAAUUGACAUCAUUCCUGAUGUACACUGCAUAUGCUGGUUCCAGCAUGUUCGGUCUUUCCAGCUUCUACUCGGAGCUCAUGAAGGGUGUUGGUGCUGCCAGUCGACUCUUCGAGCUACAAGACCGCCAGCCGACUAUCCAUCCGACUAAGGGUCUCAAGGUGGAAUCUGCUCGUGGUCCCAUUCGCUUUGAGAACGUAUCCUUCAGCUACCCGACCCGACCUGCCGUGACCAUUUUCAAGGACUUGAACUUUGAGAUCCCCCAGGGAACCAACGUUGCGAUCGUUGGCCCCUCCGGUGGCGGCAAAUCGACUAUUGCGUCUAUUCUGCUUCGUUUCUACAGCCCUACCGCGGGUAGAGUCUUGAUAAAUGGCAAGGAUAUUAAGAGCUUCAACGCCAAGUCCCUUCGUCGCAAGAUCGGCGUGGUUUCACAGGAGCCUGUGCUUUUCUCUGGAAGCAUCGCCGAUAACAUUUCUUAUGGCCUUCCCCGCGCCACUCGCUCCGAGAUUGUCUCUGCAGCGCGCAAAGCCAACUGCCAGUUCAUCAGCGAUUUCCCUGAUGGACUCGACACUCAUGUCGGCGCUCGCGGGGCGCAGUUGUCUGGUGGACAGAAGCAGCGGAUUGCCAUUGCACGCGCUCUGAUCAAGAACCCUGAUAUCUUGAUUCUCGAUGAAGCCACAUCGGCCCUCGAUGCUGAGUCUGAAACUCUUGUCAACAGCGCGUUGGCCGCUCUCCUGCGUGGCAACAAUACGACCAUCAGCAUCGCCCAUCGCCUUUCCACCAUCAAGCGAUCGGACUCGAUCAUCGUUCUCGGCAACGACGGCACAGUCGCUGAACAGGGCAGCUACGAAGAGCUCAGCGCCCGUCCAGAUGGAGCUUUCACUAAGCUCAUGGAAUGGCAGAUGAGUGGUGGCGACACCGUUAGCCCUCCGCAGGCCCGCGCCGUGCAGCCGGAUGAACUCUACGAGUUCCAUAAAGACAUGGAGCAGGAUCUCGAAGUCGAAGAGGAAGAAUUCGAAGAGUCCAAGUCGGAGAAAAAGGAAUAG